AUGGUAAAAGCUCAAUUGGAAUCAGGAAUUUCAGGUAGAAGGUUCAAGUCUAAGAGAGAUCAAAUCUUACAUGAUCCAUUCAAAGGUCCACCUUUGGCACAAUUCAUCAAAUCUUCAACUAUUUGGGAUAUUUGGCCUUCUGUCUCGGCCUUUACCCUAGAAGCAAUCGCCAUCGCGUUUACCAAUCGCCCGAAGCACGACUAUCAUCACGGUACUGGAACGAGUAGUGCUUAUGCUCAAUAUACUGAAGCCAGGAGAGCAUGGGGUAGUAUGAUUCAUCAUAGUCGAACAUUAGCACGUAUAAUUUGGAUACAUAUUCCAGAUGAAUUAUAUCCUCAUUCAGAAAAAGACCCGCCAUCUGAUGCUGAGGUCAAUCAAGCUAUAUUGGAAAAGAAGACAAUGACAAACUUGAUCGAAAGCUUCAGUGUUAGCGUUAAACAUUACUUGAGAGGAGAACGUGGAAUAUUUUAUGAAGACUUAUAUCAUUUAGUUUGUUUUCUACCAAAAUAUAAUGUUCCAUCUUAUGUUCAAAUGCCGAAUGCACCACAACUUCCAGAAUUUGAAGCAUUUGAGACCUUAAAAAAAGAAAAAUCAGACAAAUUUAUCAAAAUCGAACUACCUUCUGCAAGUCAUCAAAGUAAUCAAUCAACUUCAAACUCACGUUCAACAAUCCAAUAUCCUGAUCCAUUAAUUCCACCUAUCAAAUUACUUCCUAGUUAUAAUCCUCCUAAAAAAACUCUUUGUGAUCAUUUACCUGUUUUUAGAAUCUUCAGAAGUUUAUGGAAGGGAGCACUGAACUUUACAAAACAAAGAAGACGGAGCGUACAAAAUCUUAAUGAUGAUAAUUUACCGCUUGAGAUUCUAUGGCAGUUAGACGCCUACAUCACUAGUCUUAAACGACGAAAGAUGCUCGAUGUACCGACUACAAAUUCUAUGAAUGCUUCAAUCGUGGGUCUCUCUGAUGCGUUGAGUACGCUGGAAAGAGUUCUAACAACUCCAUUACCAUUUGGUUAUACAGUUCACUUAAAGACUGUAAUUUGGGGAUAUCUACUAUUCUUACCCUUUCAAUUAAUUGGAACAUUCAAAAAGAUUACUAUUCCAGCUACUGCACUCAUCUCAUUUGUCUUUUUAGGAUUUUUGAAAAUCUCAGAAGAUAUUGAAAACCCAUUUGGAUAUUCACCUAAUGAUUUAGAUUUAGAUCAUUUUUGCUUUAAUAUCAUUGCAAAAGAAAUCGAUGAAUUAACUUCAAGUCCUCCUUCAAACCCAUCAGAUUAUAUAUUCUCUGCAAGUAAUUUACCUCUUUUUAAUCUUGGAGAAUUCAAAACUGCAGAAGAAAUUUAUCAAUCAAUGAAACCUGAUGAACUAAGGAACUCGUUAUCAAGAAAAGAUAUAUCUUCAUCCAAUUCGAACUCAAGCUUAUUGAAACGUGGCGAAGUAUGA